AAGCGGGGCGCGAGCACCUGACAGCAACAUGGCGGCGGCGGGGCGGCGCGCCGGGGGCCCGGGGCAGCCACCCGCGGGGGACCCGCCGCCCGCCCGCGAGCUGGUGCGGCCCUCGGUGACGGAGCUGUCCCAAGUGAGGACCAACAUCCUGUGCACCGUGCCCGGCUGCGGCAAGGUCCUGCCCAACAGCCCGGCCCUCAACAUGCACCUCAGCAAGGCCCACCGGCUCCAGGAUGGAAAAUUUAAUGCACCGAUAAGGAAGGGUUUGAAAACUCCACAGAAAUUCUACUGCUGUCCUAUUGAAGGCUGCCCCAGAGGACCAAACAGACCAUUUUCCCAAUUUUCUCUUGUAAAACAGCACUUUAUGAAGAUGCAUGCUGAAAAGAAGCACAAAUGUGAUAAAUGUAGUAACUCCUAUGGUACAGAAUGGUAUUUGAAACGGCAUAUAGAGGACUGUGGCAAGACUUUCCGGUGUACUUGUGGGUGCCCCUAUGCCAGCAGACCAGCGUUACUGUCUCAUAUUUACAGAACUGGACAUGAAAUUCCUGCAGAACACAGGGAUCCUCCUAGUAAGAAAAGGAAAAUGGAAACCUCUGUACAUAAUCAGCAGUUGGCAGAGAAAGCAAAUACAGGAUUCAUCGAUACACACAGUAAUAACCCUGGGACUCAGGAGUUGGAGUCAUCUGAAGUAAAACUAGUGGCAUCUUUUGAAGGUUCCUGCAAUUCUAACUUCACAAAGCAAGUGCACCCAAAAUGUACACCGAAGAUGCUUUUGCCAAAGCCCAAGGUGGCUUUGGUUAAACUUCCAGUGAUGCAGCUUGCUCACUUGCCUGUGUAUGUAUCUGCAACAGAUUCUUCUGUCAAGCCUGUUGUAGUGGCUGUUGAUAAUCAAGGUUCAGUUGUAAGUACUGUUCAUUUAUUGCCUCAAUCUGUGGGAAUUCUGAUUCCAGCACUGGAGGCGGAAACGCUUGUAUUUAAAGAUACUAUGCCGGUUUCAAAAGUGACGAAUUCUGGUGAUAAUGAAGCAGUAAGUACUGGUGUACAAGUUGACCUGGAUAAGGUUGCAUCAAGUAGUCCAGGACAAGAGCUGGGGAAUGUUUGUCACAAGAAUAAAAUUUCUUCAAUAAAUGUACAGACUGACUUAUCUUAUAUUUCUCAAAAUUUUGUACCGUCUGCAGGAUGGACUCCCGAUUCUUCUGUCUCCUCUUGUUCUCAGACAGAUCUGUCGUUUAGUUCACAGGUUUCAUUACCCAUCAGUGUACAAACGCAGACGCUGCUGCCUGCUUCCAAACUGACUUCAUCCAUAGCUGCUCAGACUGAUGAUUUUAGUCAGGCUUGUUUUCCAACAUGUGGCAUUUCUAGAGAGACUCAGACCAGUAGGACACAGGAUUCUAUUGAUGGAAGAGUGCAAAUGGACCAGGCUGUAAUGUGCAGUGACAUCUUUGAAAAUGUUCAUUCAUCAUAUAGUGUUUCUACUCAAAUUGAACUUCCUGAAAAUAACUUAAUGACUACAAAUAUAGAUCAAGCCUUGCUGCAGAGGAGUAACUGCAAGAGCCUCAAUCAAGAUACUGUGAAGUCUGAAUCUCUUAUUGGCUUCAAUACCCAGGCUAAUAUACUUCCACCUCAAAAUACAAUGGAUAAUCAAACCCAAACAAUGGACUUGCUAAGUGAUCUGGAAAAUAUCUUUUCAGGAAACAUGUCUGGCCAGACACUGGAUAAUCGUAGCCUUUUGUCUGAGACAAGUUCUAAUGCUGACACACAUCUGCCAUCUGGUCCAUCACAAAGCACAGGAAUAGACUUUGACAUUGAAGAGUUCUUUUCAGCGUCCAAUAUCCAAACUCAGACUGAAGAGAGCGAGCUUGGUACCCUACACUCCGAGCCAGUUUUGGAGUCACUGGACAUCGAAACUCAAACUGAUUUCUUAUUUUCAGACAGUGCCACUCAAUCGUAUAGCUGCAGGGGAAAUUCUAACUUCUUAGGUUUGGAGAUGUUUGAUACGCAGACUCAGACAGACUUGAAUUUCUUUUUGGACAGCAAUACCCAUCUGCCUUUAGGAAGUAUUCUGAAGCAGUCCAGUUUCUCUAUGAGCACUGACUCAUCAGAUACAGAAACCCAGACAGAAGUAUAUCCUGCCACUAAAAAUGUACCUAACCAGAACAUAGAAAGCAAAGUCCAGCUCAGUAGUGCUGAAACACAGACUAUGGAUAGCUGCUUUGAGAAUCUUGGGAAUUUAUUCCUUACCAGCAACGAGACACAGACAGCAAUGGAUGACUUUCUUCUGGCUGACUUAGCCUGGAAUACAAUGGAGUCCCAGUUCAGUUCAGUUGAAACACAGACCUGUGAAGAGCUGUGCUCCUUGUUUCAGAGCUCUGACAAGCCCAGCCAUUGAGUACUGUGUAACAGAACUGUUUCCUGUGGUUUGAAAUUAAGUUAUUGGGGUGGGAGAGAUGCAUCGACCAAGUUACCCAUUUCACACUGUUGAAUGUAGUUAUUGUGUGCGGUUGGCCUAAAAGACUUCUCAUGCUGAAGGUACUUCAUUGAAAAUGUAACUUCAACAUAAGUUAUACAUGCAUAAUGGGGUGGGGGGAGUAACAUGUUAAUGUACAUUUGAACCUUAAAACAACAGUUUGUGGUGCCUAUGUUUUUUGCUCAAUCUUCUUUACAAACUGCUUCGUUUAAACCGAAGAACCUUUUGGAAGUGUCCCAUAUAUAUCUACAUCUGGCUUAUGUGUAGGGUUCCAUUGUGCUAGACCAAAACCUGACCUGUCCAAUUCAGAUGCUUCCCUGAAUUACGGGGGAGGAUUCUCUUAGUGUAAGCUACUUCUGUUUACUUUUUUUAGUAGCUUGUAUUUUAAAUCCGGCAUGAACAUAAUAAGCCGUAUUGUCUUUUCCUUUAUGCUUUCACAGCUCUUUCUCCUGUUUAAGUUGCAGUUUUCCAAACACCUGUCCAACAGCCAUAGAUAUACGUAGACUUGAAUUAUGGAAUACUGAUUUAAAAAAAGAUGUGGAAAGCAGUAGUUGUUUUUCCCAGGUGUCACUGAUGCCCUCGGAAGGGUAGGAAAGGAACUUAGAAUACAUCAUCACUUGGAAAAUUGUUAUGAUGUCCUUUUAGCUAGUGUAAUAAAUGGGACUAAAAUAAUUUAGAGUCUUCAGAAGGGAUUUGCUUGAAUUAUUUCUGACUUUAAGACACAAAUGUUACAAUGUUUGUGCCUCAAAAACUGGAAUAGUUUGUUUUUAGUGAACUUCCCCUUGUCUCCACCAAGGUGUAAGUUGGGAAAUGUCACAGUGGUUUAUAUUUCCACUACCUUAACAAAAAUAUUCAAAGGUGAGAAACUGAAUUCUCUGAAAUAUUUCUCCACCUAUUUUUGGACUUCUGCUUCCAGAAAUGAAGCAAACUCAACAGCAUGUAUCAGAGCUGGGAGAUGUGCUCACAAAAACCCUUUCAGAAAAGAUGUAUCUUGCUUUUGCACAUUGAUCUGCAGCAGGUGGUUCCUGCACCUUUUGGAACAUUUUCCGAGCGUAAUCAAAAAGUUGGGCUGAUGUGUCAAAGAGAAAUAUGUGACCUCUUGGAUUUUUGUAGGUUUAUUUUAUCCUUUGUACUGUGCUGGUAGCAGAUGUAUUUACAUGAAAAAAAAAAAGCCGGUUGUGAAUGUAUGCUGGAAUUUGGCCUUAACUGAUCCUUGUUGUAACGUCUGCAAAAAUGUAGGCCUCUGGUUUUGUUCUGGACAGGUUUUAGUUUCUGUUACAUUAAUUGCAAAACGAAACAUCUUCAUGUCAUGUUCCUGGGCUUUACUGUGUUGUGAGAGAUACUGGCUAUGUAUUUACUCGGCAUCCCACCAGUAAUGUGUCCAAGCUGUAGUUUUUGAAGACUCGCUAUGCUUUGUGCACAGCUUUGUGUCUUUUCCUCAAGGAUGUGGGAAUACAGUUACUCAACGCAGCUAGCUUGUUUUCUUGAAAAUGAGCAAUACCUUUUGAUUUUAUUAUCUCAAUUUUGCCAAAAUUGCCAUGCUUCAGUCAACACAGUAAUCUGAUAAGCAUCUCAACUUUUGCUGGAAAUCAUCUCUUUAGAUUAACCUUGAAACUCUCGUUUUCCUCUUGAAAAACGAAAGGCCUGAACGCGCAGCCCUGUUGCCUUUAUAACUUCCCUAGGUGAGUGUUCAUGUGAGUGUUCACACGCUUUCAGUCUUUGGCUGAAGGAACUACCAAAAGAAAUCCUGCAGUUCCCCCCAGGAGUACUGUCAUUUCCCUUGCGGAAAGUCCCACCAGGUUGAAUAAUAUCUAGAGUAAUAAUCUUAAAGGCGAGAUAUAUUCAAAAAGGAAGACAUGGCUUGUAAUUAUCUUUGGUUCUAUUUUUUUUUUCCUUAAGAUACGACUGUCCUACUUUGAAAUUUAGAAAUAAGAUAAAUGACAAAAUUUAUUCAGUGUAUUGUAGUGCAGUACUUUUCUAGUAAUGUUACAUCUUCAGGUUUUAAAAGCGGUUUUUCUUCUCCUUUCUUCCUCAUGGCUGGAAUACCAGGGAAUACUUCUGCAUGGAUAGGCUUCUACAUUUUCAAUGUCAUGAUCAAAUCUUCAAAUCACAAAGAGAAAUGGUUACUACAAAUCCUAUUCCUAUAUUAUUAUGCUAAAGGAAAUUGACAGUUGGGGAAAACGAUUUUUCCAUAGCUGUAGAAGGCAGAAGUGAGAAACUCUUCCUUGCUUCUGCCUACAGAACGUAGGUCUUUUUCUACAACAGACAGAAAUUAAAAGAUGGGGAGCAGAAUUAGAGAGGCUUUGAAGUUCAGCCCUCUGAGAGACCAGCGAGAAUUUCAAGAACUUUGAAGCUAAUUUACAAAUCCAAAUGAGAAUCAACUUGAUAAAGUGUAAGCCAAACCUCUUCACGUCAGUGACUAUCAGAAAAACAAAACAAAAAUCAGGAAGGUUUGUGUGGACGCAGUCUCACAUGACUGUUACUCCUUUAUUGUACUUUAUAAUUAAAAUUACUGAUAAGUUUCUGUGUUGUUAGAAUAUGCAAAUACAAUUUACUUCCCUCAUCCUCUGGGUUUUAAAUAGUUUGGUCUGUAGUUAAUGAACACAGUAUUACAACGUCGAGUUCUUUAUUCUAAGUGCAGUAUUAAGAAAUCAUUUAGUAUACCUGCAGUGUCUUCUGUCAGCAAAAUAAUUCCUUAAAUUAAUGGUAUUUUUUUUCACAAAUUUCAUUCCCCAUAAAGAAACAAGUUCAGAUCCUACCCUGUUGGCAUAUGUCCUUCAUUUUGGAUAUAUUAAAUAUUUUUGUGAAAAUGCAAAGGCUGUAAUCAGAUUGUUCAUAGUUGCUCAAUCAACCAGUAAAGCUUCCGAAACCUGGUCUGAAAUAUUGUUGGUCAAUACUACUUAUUCUUAAAAAUGAAAUAAUUUAUUUUAGAUGGGUAAUUGACUAUUUUGACCAUUGUUUUCAAAAUAAACUUCGCUGAGAACUAUUUCUUAGUAGUACUAAAAUGAUACUUAUCUCCCUUUUUCUGCAGUUUGUCUCUGAUUUGAUUUUCAAGGCACUGACUCUGUUGUAAGUAUUGGUCAGCAGUGACUUACUAUUUUGCUAAUUCUCUUUUGUAUCCUCUACUGCCAUUUGAGCUGCUAUAUGAAAAGUAAUAUCAGGUUGUCCACAAUCUCUUAGCACAAACUUUUAUCUGGAAGUGAUACUAAUCCUACUUGUGCUUACUCUUUGCGUUUCCUGCUUAAUUAAGUUACACUGCAAUUGCUGGCUCUUGAUCUUGGAUGUCUGUGUAAAUACUAUUCCAAAACUGAGUUAGUAGUUUAAUUAGUCUAAUUAGUGGUAAACUUACGUGUUUCUUUAGUGUUUAAGGAGAAAGUUAGUCUGAGAUAUGCCACUGUCUAUCAACUGCUGCUUCAGCAAAUUCAGUAUUUUGUCUCUGAGAAAGAUAGUGCUCCAGCAAACAAGUUAAAAUCCCUGUAGAGCCUGACAAAUCGCUCCAGUUGGUCAGACUUUUUCCAAAUACUUCAGAGGACUUCUGGUUUAUUAUGUUGUCAGAAAAAAAAACCUUCCUCCUGCACUUCAUUUAGUGUAAUUUCAACCUUGCUGAGAAUACAGCAUUCUGCUAAGAAUUGGUCAGGAAAGGCAAAUUUGUUAGCUAUGCUAUCCAAUUUGUUCUAAGUCGUUUCAAAAUAUCAGUUUCUUACUUUUCUUCAGAUAGCUGAAAAUAAUCGUAAGUCACAGAUAUCUUAGCAGAAUUUAGUUUUGUGCUGUUUAAGAAUAAUACAGUUGUGUAUAGAUUAAGUUGCAUGCUGAGAUUCUUCAAUGCAACUUCUCUGGAAGAAAAAAAAAGAUAAAUUUCACACCCGUGUCAGGUCAAGUAGUACACUGAUGGAUGAAUCCUCCAUUGGCUGUUAGCACGCAUGGGUGGGCAAAAUUGAGUAGAUGUACUCGAAACUUGUGGCUUCUGAGAGAACACCAAUUGUUAGAAAAGUUAACUAUGUUCCAUUUUCAAGGUAUGUGGAAACUUAAACAAAUGAAACAGGCAAGUGUAGGACUCACAUUCUAUGAGAAGUACAAAAUAGCCCUCAGAGAUUAAAAAAAAAAAAAAAAAAAGAGUUCUGUCUUACGUCAUGUCUUGUUGCCUUACAUGUUUGUUUGUCACUUGAUGCUAAAAGUUUAUAUGAGAGUAGAUAGAGUUUCUUCUGUUUUUGGAAUUACACUUGUGUCUGUUUCCACUUCCAUGGCUGUAAGUGCUUGUUUCUGCUUUGGGAAAGGAGGAAAUCCUCCCUCUGGCUCUUAAUGGCAGCCUAAGAGAUGCUGCUAGUUUAAAGUUAAUUUAUUAAUGCUCCAGAAUCUUAGCUAUAUACAACUGUUUGUGUCUAGAAACUUCCCACUUCCAAAUGGUGUGAAAUCUUAAGGAAAAAGAUACGUGCAGCUGUUUAAAAGAUGUAAAAAAGCCUUGUGAGACCUAGUCCAGUUUUAAACAAUUCAAUGUCUGUAACUUACUGUGCGUCACUAACCUCCUUCCAAUAUUGUAUUCCUAGACACACUGUCACACAUUUUCUCUGCUGAAAACAAAAGGUUAGAUUUCCCUGUUAGCCAUUUACGUUAAGAGGGUAGGGGCAACAGAACAAAGAAAGGUGACUGCCUUCAUUAUUUUAAGUCUUUAUCCUGGUAACGCAUCCUCACGUACUGAGUCAGAUGCAAACUGAUCUUCCUGUGUGGCUGGGUAAGAGAUGUAAGCGUUGGCAGGAUUGGGAUCUUAGGAUCCUCGGGGCUUUUGGGUUGUUUAAUUUUGACUGUUUUUUUAAUAACUUUUCAAAUACAGGAUAAGUAAGAUCAAUAAAACACAUAAUGAAUCAACAUAAGGUGCUAAACUUGCAAAAUGUUACUGAAAUGACAACUCAGAGGUGAACCAAACUUACCUGCCUUUAGUAGCAGGUUGUACAGCUUCCUUUUGGCUAUCUUUGACUACUUUUUCUUCUAACAUUAUCUUAAAGUACAAUUUCCAGUUCCAAAUACAUUCACACCAAAAUGUUUUUAAUAUUGUGAGCUUUUUCAUUCCUGUUUGGUUGAAGGUGCUGCUAUUAUGCUUGUGUUUGUAAUAGGUUUACUGUAAACAGACCUCCGUAACAGUUUCACAUGAACACUAUGAGGAUGGGGUUGUUGAACAGCAGCAAGCUGCUUCAAUGCGUGAUGCAAACAUGCAUCUUCUGUUCCUUUCGUUGCGGUGGGUUUUUGUUUGUUUUGAUUUGAUUUGUUGUUUCUUUUUAUGGUUCACGUGAAUCAACAUGGGUGCUAAAAGGAUUUGCGGGUUAGAGCAUGACUGCAUUUUCUUGUUCAAAGUGCCAUUGCUAUACAGUGAACAGCAUCAAGGAACUACAUUGUUCAGUUCUGCGUUGCCAUCCAGUCAGGUUGAUGUUUGUCUUCAUGCGUGUGACUCUUCCACUUUGCUGAAAAUGUCAUCGGACAGCCUGAAACAGUGGAAAUUCCCAAAGGAGCUGCAGAUCUCUACUUAAAUGACAGAAGUCCUUCACCUCUGAUUCUUUUUCAUAUACUGGUUUUUCGGGAGUAUCUUCAACGUAACUGGCAAUGGAAUAUGAUAGAUGGCUUGUGACGAAGUAAGCCAUGCAGCAUCUAUUUCACAAUGAAUAAUGCUUUACAUGCAUGCUUCAAGCACUUGCAUGCAGAGCUAGAUUGACAGUGCUCUAUUAUACAGAUGCUUGCAAGUGCAUCUGUGAUAAAAAAUAAAGCUAGAUAUGAAAGUAGCCAUAUAUUUUCAGCUUACAGAAUUCAAAAGCUGAUAAUGAUCUCGUUUAAACUUGCAACUCUUUAGAAUGGGUGAGUAAUACAUCUCAUGAGUGAGCCUUUCCCAAAGCAUGUGUGAGUUAAUAAAGCUGAGAAAUGUCCUUAAAAUAUUCUUCUCAGCGCUGGUGGGAUUGUGACCUAGCAGACAAAUCUAGUUUUCAAAGGAUGUUCUUGUUUGAUUCUUGCUAUCUAAGCCAAUAAACUUGCAAUAAGCAGAGAAAAGCAAGUAUUCGUUUCUUAUACCUGUUUUACGAGUGACAAUCCCAAAGAAGGAAUGUUGUCCUAACAAUUGUGAAAUGUUUAAUUAUAUUAAUGCAUGCAGAAAAAAAAAAAAAAAAAACUGUGCCAAAAUACUGAUUCGUAUUUCCUUAUGUUGGAAACUGAACUGUUACACAAAGCUACUAGUAAGUUAUUCACACAAGUAUUGAAACCUUGUGUUCACAAAUGAAGCACUUAUUUAGUCCUGUAAAUUAUACAUAUUUUGGAAUAAAGUGAAUUUCAAUCAA